AUGCCUGAAAAAAGUAAAGAGACCAACAUUGGUACUGAUAAUGAUGGCUACCUGACAAUUGGAGAAGCAAGACACAGAAAUCAGAAUUACUCACCUAACGAAAGGGAAAAAUCAGUUGAGUCAGAAACAUUUCCCAAAAGUACUGACAAUAGUGGAUUUUUUACGAAGAAGAAACAUGUGCUUGGAGUUGUUGUUGCAUUAGUUAUUAUCAUCAUAGUGGUUGUAGUCGUUACACUAGUUACAAUGGGACAGGACGGAAAUGGAAAUUUAAAAAGUUCAACAGAAAACCAGAAAGCAGUAUGUCCGAAUGUGCCUACUACAAACAUGAAAUACUCCACAGAAGGGAAAACAGGAAUUCAGGGACGUCAGUUCUUGGUUUGUUUUACUGACAAUCACCCAGAGGCUAGAAACCAAACAGAGACUAUAUAUAUUCUAUCAGAGGAAGAUUUUGAAUAUAAAUUGAUUUCGGAGUUUCUUGAUUCAUCACAGCUGUUCAAAGAAGUACAGACACAAUCGAGAAAUUUCAAAGAGAUAAACGUCACAAAUACAAUAGCACUGUAUGAUUUCGAAAUUGAACAAAAAGCCCUACUGAUUGAGACAACAAGGGACGUGACCGUUAUCAUCAUUGACAAUUAUAUACACUCGUCUGAUAGCACUAGUAUUUUACCAAUUAAGUCGAUAUCGAAUUCAUAUGUCAUUUCUACACCUGGGCCAUUCAACAAAACACUGUCGGGAAGUUCACAUUUUGCAAUAGCCUCCCAAGCAAACAGAACUAUAGUUAAAAUUCGCUUUCAUUUUGACCCAGAUACACCAAAAAUAAUUAAAGGAAUAACAUACCGUAGUGGCAGCGAAAUGAUUCGUGUUUUAGACGAGCUUCAAACAUAUCAAAUUUGGUAUGGGGGUGAUCUUUCAGGAACCAUAAUCAAUGCCUCGUCCCCUGUUGCAGUGUUUGCUGGGAGUUUCUGCCAGGCAGUAGCUUUUGUAAACCAAACUAACCCUGGAUUUUGCAGCAAGCUUGACGAGCAACUGCCACCUAUUGAUAGACUAGAUAAGAUGUAUAUAGUCCCGCCUAACUAUAAUAGGGAGGGAACAAUUCUGAAGAUUGUGUCUCCUUUCGAAAAUCACCUCACAUAUAAAAUUGGAAGUUCAGAAACAGGAAAACGACUAAAACCUAAUGGAUAUUUCGAAAUCAAAUUCUCAGAUGAAGAAGUUGUAGUAAUAGAUUCCGAGAAGCCAGUUUUGGUCACCAGUUAUGCUACUGGAUCUGACAUCACGGGCGAUCCCUAUAUGGUAACUAUUCCUGGAAUACGGCAAUAUACAGAUAAAUAUUUUGUGACAGUUCCUGGAAAUUUCACAGAAAAUUACAUUGCUUUGAUGGUUGAGGAAAAAUCACUUAACAACGUGGUAUUAAAUGAUACAACAAUUAUACAACACUUUAAUGACAAGAAAUUCUAUGCCACUGUGACAAUAAAGGACGUCAGCUUUGUCGUGCUGGUCUUACAAAUAUCGGGAGGAACGUUGAAGGUUAAAUCUACUGAUAACUCCGCUUUCGGAUUAAUCGUUUAUGGACAUAGAAAAAACGACGGACAUGGUUUUGUAGGAAAAGCAGUGCUACCCGAUACUUGCGUCAACUCCUAUCAAUAAUACUGGUGCAUAUUUUUCGUAUCAUUUUUAUCACAUGUUUUCCCAAUUCUGCAGUUGAAUAAUGAUCGAAACAUGUAUGUAUUUGACAUGUAAACUAACAAGACCUGUAUUUCUGUAUAUACAAGGGCUGUUCAAUAAAUAAUGUCCUUGGUGCUCUGAAAGAAGCAAAAGACGCUUUUCAAUGAUUUAGACUCAAUGAUUUCACUUAAAUAUUCUCUUUUA